AGUUCAACUUCACUUUGGAGCCUCGAAUCUGAAUUAUUAUGAACACGAUGAACUUGAAAAUUCAGUGCAUUCUGGUUUUCUUCACUCUUUAUGCGCAAGAGGGAUUGUCAGGGGAUUAUGAAGCACACCUUGGAGCAAAUAUUCUUUUACAGAGAGUAAAACGUCAAAGCAAACCAACGAAACCAGUGCUGAAGGUGACAGACUACCAUGUCAGGUGUUCAGUGGUGUCCCGCUAUGCUGUUACCACAGUCCAGAGCUCAGUGUGGAACCAGCUCCCCAUCGUCAAGGAAGCUGCCUUUGAGGUGGACCUGCCCUCCUCUGCUUUCAUCUCCAACUUCACCAUCACCUCUAAUGGCAAGGUGUAUGUGGCCCAGGUGAAGGAAAGAGCCGCUGCCAGGAAAAUAUACGACGCGGCUAAGAAGCAAGGAAAAACAGCUGGACUUGUCGCUACCAAGGAGAGGGAGAUUGAGAAGUUUCGAGUGGCAGUGAGCGUGCCAUCAGGAGCUCGGAUGUCCUUCUCUCUGUCCUACGAGGAGCUUUUGCCUCGGCGACUCGGCCGCUACGAGCUCAGUCUGGGUCUGAGGCCUGGACAGGCUGUGCAGAACCUGACGUUAGAUGUAGGUAUAACAGAGCGGACGGGCAUCAGCUUCAUCAAAGUCCUUCCUCUCAAGACAACCCGAUUGCUCUCCAACACCGCAAAAGGUGAUGCAGACGCUCCUCCUUCCAGUCAUGUGGAGCACAGUGCUGGCUGUGCCCGAGUUCGUUACAGUCCCAGUCUGCAGCAGCAGAACAGCAUAUCCACCAAGGGCCUUGAUGCAGACUUCAUCAUUCUGUAUGAUGUGGACCUCAGAGACCUCAUUGGUGAUGUGCAGGUAUAUGAUGGCUACUUUGUGCAUUACUUUGCACCCAGAGGGCUUCCUGUGGUCCCUAAGGAUGUUAUAUUUGUCAUUGAUGUCAGUGGCUCAAUGAUAGGAACCAAGAUAAAACAGACCAAGCAGGCCAUGAGCACCAUCCUCGGGGACCUUAGGGAGGGAGACCACUUCAACAUCAUCACCUUUUCAGACAAAGUUCACACUUGGAAGAAAGGGCGAACAGUGCGGGCAACUCGGCAGAAUGUACGAGACGCCAAGGACUUUGUGAAGAGGAUUAUUGCAGAAGGAUGGACCAAUAUCAAUGCAGCUCUGCUUUCAGCUGCCCAGCUCGUCAACCCUCCAUCCUCAGACUCUUCCAACCACCUCUCAUCUCGUCGUGUCCCCCUGGUAAUUUUCCUUACUGAUGGGGAAGCCACCAUCGGAGUAACAGCUGGUGACACCAUCCUCAGUAACGCCAAGAAGGCCUUAGGCUCCGCCUCUCUGUUUGGUCUUGCCUUUGGAGAUGAUGCAGACUUCCUCCUCCUGAAACGCCUUGCUCUGGAUAACCGAGGCGUAGCUAGGAUGGUGUACGAGGAUGCAGAUGCAGCCUUGCAGUUGAAGGGCUUCUAUGAUGAAGUAGCCAGCCCUUUGCUAUCAGACAUCCAGCUGUCCUACUUGGAUGAUCAGGCAUUUGACGUCACCCGCUCCCUGUUCCCGAACUACUUCCAAGGCUCUGAGUUAGUAGUGGCUGGGAGGGUUAAACCAGGCAUCAAAGAUUUAAAGGUGUCAAUGUCUGCCACUGAUUCAAAGCAACGUGUCAAGAUGGAGAAUGAUGUGUUGAUUUCCAAUACAAAGGGGAAUGGGAGUGCAGAUUCACUAGAAUGUUCAGGUGGUUUAGAAGGUAUCUCUAGCUUUGUGCAUCGUCUCUGGGCCUAUUUCACCAUUAAAGAGCUGCUACUGGUCAAACUGAACACUACUGACCCCGCAACUCAGAGGUUACUGGCAGAAAAGGCCACAAAUCUCUCCCUCAAAUAUAACUUUGUAACACCAGUCACUUCUUUAGUUGUAGUUAAGCCAGAUGCAGACGAAGCAGCUCAAUCUCCAACCACUGCAACACCCACCACAGCAGCCACUACAACAACAACAGCAACGACUCAUACUACCACCAAAAUGUUAGCUGCUGGUGCUGCAAAGAAGCCCAGCACACCGUCUAACCCCAGGGCUAACAAAACAAAACCACACCCUCCUCAGCCACCUCCAAGUACAAUACAAACUAAAAAAAGCUCUUCACCAACUUCAACAGCAAAAACAGUGGUUUCACCAUCCAAGAAAACAACUACAACCUCAAGUCCCAGCGCCCUCAAAACUGCCCCAGCACCAUUAUCUGGUAAAAAGCCAACUCCUUCUCAAAAUGAUUCUAAAACUGCCUCUCCUCCUCCUGCUGGAAAGAUAUCCACAUCUCUGCUUAAUGCUCUAAAAACGGCGCCACCACCUGCACCUGGAAGAGUCUCCACCCCCCAAGCCAACGGAAUGAAAGCAACCACUCCCCCGAUCCUAACAUUCACCGCCACACCUCCACUCAGUUCAGUCAGAACCGACCUUGUACCCCUGCCUGGCGGACACCUUACCCCACAGCCCAGCCCGUUGAGGACAGCUCUCCCUCCCGUCAAAACGACAGUGCCCUCUACAGAGGCAGACAACAGCACCACAUCUGUUACAGAUGUUCCUCAGCCUCCAAUCACAACUGCUCCGCCGGAGCUGUCGUCUCCGCCCACCAUUCCUACUCCGUCGAAGGCACAAGUUGUGGAAGGCAACAACACAAAUGCAGGCGAUGACACAGACCUCCGCGUGGCCACCUUGGUGUCAGCAACCUACGCUCCCAUGCCUGGUGUAACAGAUGGGCCAAGACUGUGGGAGGCAGCAGGGCUUCUCGAUGUCUCUACUUCCAUUCAGAUUCAGAGAAAAGAUAUUGACCUUGUGAAAGAUUACGAAGCCACUUAUGACUACGGCUACGACCUCAACUACGAUGCCUGGGAUGACACUGCUGACAGCGAAUCAUUCGAACCUCCAUCCAGAUUGAGCACCGUGAGGGUCUUCUCCUCAUCAGUCGAUGGAGAUCCACAUUUUGUUGUCCAGCUGCCAAAGCUGCAUCAGAACCUGUGUUUCACAAUAGACGGCAGGGCUAAUGACGUUCUCAGACUGUUAGAGGACCCAGAGAGAGGGCUCAUCGUGGAUGGCCACCUGAUCGGGGCUCCCCCAAAGCACGGCGCUGAAGACCACUCCCGAACCUAUUUCGACCACCUCACCAUCUCCGCAGCCACGGGCAGCUCUGGUGACAUCAUGAUCACCAUCUCAUUGGACACUGUCGUGGUGGAAGGCGAAGGGCGGGAUACCCUUCCCAUCAAUCAGCAGGGAUCGGUGAUGCGGCAAGGUGUGACGGUUGCUGUGGACAACCAUCGGAGCUGCUGGAUUGAGCUGGCCAAGGAUGUACGGUUCCUGGUCCUGUUCCACCGCUAUAAACACCCCAGUUACCUACAGAUGGCGCACCUGGGUUUUUACAUCACAGAUGGACGGGGGCUGUCGUCCUCAACCCAAGGCCUACUGGGCCAGUUUCAACACGCCGACAUGAGUGUAACAGUGGUAAGGGAUCGUAUGGACGGAGGUGCUCGCCGAGCUAGCAAGGAGGGAAUUUUAGCAAGGGGGAUCCUGAGGUGGGGAUCAGAGCACAUGCCCGUCACCUUGCAAGACAAGACGCUGAAAGACACGGUGCGGAAACGCCACUUGGGCAAAUGUUGGGUGGUGCCCAAGGCAGAGAUAGAGAGACUUCUGGGUCGUCCGUAUGCGAGCUACGUGGUGGAUCACGUGUAAUUCUAGCUGAGUCAGCUCCGCCUUGGCGCCUCUCUGCAGGUCACAUCAGUUGUCACGGCAUGGUUAUUGAACAAAGGAUGAACAAGAAGGAUGAACGAGAACCGGGGGUCCACGAGGCUAAAAUGACGUGUUGCCACACAGUCAUUCUGUAAGGAGCAGUGAAACACAGGUGUGGUUACAA